AUGGGAAAUUCAAUAGGUAAAGAUAAAGGAGAAGAAACUGUAGACGGAGGUCAACUAACGUCGCAUGGAGUAUAUAAAGGACCACAGGAUUGGGACUACAGGAGUGUCCGAAAACUCAUCAUAGAAAGAAAAUUAGCACCUUUCUAUAAAGGUUUACCAGAUUAUGACGAAGGUUGGAACGAUGUCACAUUAACUACCCAUAAUCUUCCAAAAAAUGGUGAGGUCAAUCAAACCGUUGCUUUUAGUAACGAAUGUAAUUCACAAGGAAAUAGAGAAGUUAAACGUUCAGCUACUUUAAAUACCGUAGGCACAACAAAAGGUAAAGAGGUACCUUCGUCCAAAUCAUUAGAGUCUCAGCUAUAUAAGGGUGCUGUCGAAUGCCCUAUUUGUUUUUUGUAUUAUCCGCGGAAUAUUAAUUACUCUCGAUGUUGUGAUCAACCAAUAUGUACUGAAUGUUUUGUUCAAAUAAAACGACCUGAGAGUGGAACAUUAAGCGCUAACAAUUCUCCAGCUGUGUGUCCAUUUUGUGUACAGCCUAACUUUGGUAUAUGUUAUAAACCUCCUUCUUUCAUUGCAGGAAUCGGUAGUGAAAGUUCGUCUUCUACAUCUCCAAACACAAAUAAUUUAAUUCCAACACCAUCUUCAACUACCUCUCUUAAUCCACAUGAUGGAAGACCUCGAAGAAAAAGUGUGAGUCAUAAAAAUCCGGAUGUUGUUACUACUGAUCAAAUUCGUCCAGAUUGGGCAACGCGAGUAUUACAACCUUCUCGUCAACCUCAGAGUACAAGACGAUCUUCUACCACUACUUCAGGAAGUUCGAGGCGUAUUCCGGCUCGUCAUGGAGGAGGAAGUGCCUACGUGACUUCUUCAUCCACGACCAAUUCUUCUCGACGCAAUAACCAACCUGCUGGAGGCGAGUAUGGAGGAUACCUAGCUGCAAUGAGAAUGGGUACAGACCUAGAGGAACUUAUGGUUAUGGAGGCAAUCCGAUUGAGAACCAUAACGUCACCUAAUCUAUCUAAUAAUGAUGGAAAUGUCGAAAGAAGGUUGUUUGAUGAUAUUAAUAGGAUUGAUAAUAGCCCUUCAGAAGACGAGAUACUUGCUUCAAGACAGGAUUUACUGGAAAAUGCAGGUGAAGAAGAAGAUGGUAGUUCAUCAAUUUCUCAUUUAAAUGAUCAUAUAUCAACUACUGUAUCAACACCCAUAACAGCAAGUACAGAAUAUGGCACUAUAACAAGUGUGUCAGCUCCGUCGUCAAGAGGUUCGGGACCAUCAACCCCAAGUUCAACAACAAAUUCUACAAAUGAGGCUAUAAUCACACCGUCCCCCCCUUCGUAUCCACGUAUACAUAAUCAUAAUAUUCGUAAUAUUACGACACCAGCAGCGGAAAUAUCAGCAGUUUCAGCAAGAGGGUCAAGUGAUCAGGAAAUUCAAUCAUAUGGAUCUUCCUAUAAUGCUGAAACAUCUCAUUUUAACGAAGUUGAUGAUCAUGGUCAAACAUCGGAGCAAGUAAAUGAUAUUAAAAAACAACCCGUAAAUAUUUUAUCAAAUAAUUCAUUAGGCGUUGACGAGGCACUUAUGAGAAAUGAAAGUAAUGUCGAUACUUUAGGAGGUUCUAGAGAGCCUGCUUGA